AUGGAGGAAGCAUUGGAGUUGACGCGUACGAAGGACACCAAGGAGAGAAUGAUGGACGUGGAGAGGCUCCACCAGCUUUUGGACGCUUGGCGGAAGAGUUUGACGUCAUCCGAGGUGACGUCACUCGUCGACGCGUGCCUGGAUAUUUUGAAGGACAACAACUUUCGCGUUUCGCAGGGUGCGCUGCAGGCACUAGCUUCUGCUGCCGUGCUGUCCGGUGAACACUUCAAGCUAGGGCUGGCCCUGGCCAAGGCAAUCUCCUUCUCCGCCUUCUCGCUACGCCUCCGACGGCUAGUCGGCUUCUUCAACACUCUCAAACGUGGACGGUGGACUACAAGAUUUGGGGUAUCAAAUUAA